CAAGCCAAAACCCCAAGGAGAAAACCCAAGCACCCAAAGACAAAGAGCUGUGGAGUGACGAGGUGAAAAGAAUAGUGGCAGAAACUUCUACAAAAAGGCAACAAACACAACAAGAGACCAGUGAAUAUAUCAGAAUUGAUGAUUCAGAUGCAGAGAUGGAGGAAACAGAAACCGGAAACAACAACUGA